CCCAUAUCCGCAGUUAGGUGCCGCCGAGGGUCUUGUUAUACCUACUCUUUGCCUCAAGUUUCGAAUUUCAAAUGAUUCAGUGCUAAGUUCACAAUGUUGGAAUGCGUACCGUUUUAUGUUUUCAGCUGAUAUUACGAAAGAUUAAUUUCUAUAAGACAAAUAAGAUGGGCAAGACAAUAAUUCAACAAAGUGCAGUUAUUGUUUUAUUCAUCUGUUAUCUUUACUUAUCUCAUAUAGAAUCUGCGAUGAUCAUGGAAUCAACACACUUUUUAAAACCAGAGGACGUUUAUGAAAAUGACAAACCUGGAUUACAGAUAUUUUGUCACAAUGCUAAUUCCAAGUAUUUGAUACACAUGUGGAGAAGUUUAACAAUGCAUUUAAAUACAAACAUAAAUAAUUAUGAUAUUUAUGAUGGAAAAAGUCCACAAGAAGUGAUGGAAAAGCAUGAUGAUAAUCAAAGAUCUUGGAACUUUAAUUUCUUUAGUACAAAAAGACCCAAUAAAUUUAAGAUGAAUCCAUUUGAGGAUGUAUGUGUUGGUGUAUAUGUGUAUCCUUCAAACUCACACAAAUACAGAAUAAGUAUGACACAAACACCUAUGGACAUCUCCAAUCUGAUAUUAAUGUUACUUGGUGCUAUGAUAUAUUGGAGCGCUCGUAAAUUAAGCGGAAAUCCUAUAUUUUAUUAUGUAUGCGGGAUUACGCUCGGAGUUACUACUUCAAUUAUAAUUCUAGUAUACUUUGUUAGCAAACUACUACCAAGGGGUAAACUUAUGUAUCUGAUGGUUGCCACUGGUUGGACAAUGAGCUUUUAUCUCAUCCAAGCGUUAUGGGACAACGCUCGAUUAAUCGCAGUACAAUACAGAGAAUACGUCACUUGGUACAUACUGUUAACAUCUCUGAUCAGUUUCGUAAUUUGUUAUCGUUUCGGUCCAGUUACAAAUGUUAGGACGAAGAAGCUUAUCGAAUGGUGCUUACAGAUAGCGGGAUUAAUUAUGAUGUACUAUAGCAGUUAUUUUCACGAAGCAUCAUUCUUUUCCUGCGUCGUCAUUGUUCUUCUUUACAAUUUUCCAAUCGUACUGAUUCGAAGAGGGAGAAGUUAUUGGAAGAGCAUGUUUCCUGACAGAAGGAGGUUGUUAACCGAGAAUGAGUAUCGUAUAGAAGGAAUAAAAGAAACGAACAAAGCGUUAAACGAACUGAAAGGAUACUGUUCCAGUCCCGACUGUAAUCCAUGGAAGACAGUUCUAAAAUUAAAAGAUCCAAUCAGAUUUGCCAAAUUUAUGGAAGGUGAAUCGCAUUUGUCGGAAGACGAAUCGCGAGAAUACGAUGCUGAGAUCACAAGAAUUAUAGAGGAAUGCGAGUAUACGGACGAGGAAGAUGAUUUUUAACGAAAUUUACGCAAGG